AUGGAUUCACUAGACAACAUGGAAUACGAACACCAAGAGGACGCGUUCACAAACGAAGAAUCUCAGGAUUAUGAGCAACAAACUCAGACUCAGUCUACACAGCAAGCUUCUCAGCCCCCGCCUGUCGCUUUUGAUUCGCACUUGUGGGGGUUCUUGCAACCCUGCAGUGCAGCGCUCACUCGCAUUGACUUUUGGAAACUGAAUCCCCGAUAUACCAUUGGCAGGAACACUGAAACUAACCAAGUUGUUCUGCCGGGGUACAAAGUCAGCAACACGCACUGUACUAUCACUUGGGAUGGUAAGGAUGUAGGAUCCACUAUCAUUGUAACCGAUCUAUCGAGCAACGGGACAUUCAUCAACGGAGAGAAGAUUGGCAAGAACAACACGCGUAUUCUUCAUGAAGGAAAUGAGAUUGCUUUUGGUACAUCUAUUCCACAACCUCAAAACGACGGCCUAGAAGAUUAUCGUUUCGUCUAUCGUCAUUUGGCAUGUGGUAUGCCCACAGAAGGGUUGUAUGCUCACUACGACCUCGGUAUCGAGCUAGGAAAGGGAUCAUUUGCCACUGUUCGUAAAGCGAUCCAUCGCGCUACUGGGCAGUGGUAUGCUGUAAAAAUGAUCUCCGCGAGCAAGGCCGUUCGAAACAAUACACAGUCAUCAAGAAACUCGAAUCUUGCCCGCGAAAUUAGUAUCAUGGAGAAGUUAGAGCAUCCAAAUAUCUGUAAACUUGUCGAAGUAUUCUUCCAAGACGACAAAAGCAUCAACCUUGUUUUGGAACAUGUCGAGGGUGGUGAUCUGCUGGAACAUAUUUUGAAAAAUGGCGGACUUGCUGAAGUAGAUGCAAGAGAUAUUACAUAUCAAAUUUGUGAUGCCAUGGCAUAUAUACACGCCAAAGGAGUCACUCAUCGAGAUCUUAAACCCGAGAAUGUCCUUUUGACUGCAGAUAAACCCCCAAAGGUGAAGGUGGCUGAUUUUGGGCUUGCCAAAGUCGUUGACAGUCUGACCAUGUUAAGAACCAUGUGUGGGACACCCAGUUAUCUGGCACCCGAAGUUGUCAGAUCCGACAAUAUCCACGGGUAUGAUAAUCUCGUUGAUAGUUGGAGCGUGGGUGUCAUAGUGUUUUCCAUGUUGACGAACUCCAGUCCCUUUAUUGAGGACGAAACAGCUGAUAUAAGAAAUCGAAUCCUAUAUCGUAGAGUUGAUUGGCAAACUCUGAGUAACUGUCCUAUCAGUAUUGAAGCCCACAAGUUCAUUCGUCGUCUUCUUGAAGAAGACGCCCGCCGCCGACUAUCUCUCACUGGUGCUCUCUUGGACCCAUGGCUUGCCAACCAUCUUCCUUAUUACCCCAACCCUGACGUUUCCAUGACUUCCGUAAUUCAGAACGACGCUGAUAUGUCACCAGAUGAGAACGAAAGGCCAGGACCUGCCCAAGCAACCACCUCCCGUGUUCCUUUACAGCGCCGUAGUCUAGUUCUCUCGCAAGCUGCGGAGGCGGGGGAGGAUCCUAUUGAACCUUCUUGGGAGAUGAUAGCCUAUGCCAACUCUAGGAACGACGUUGCUGAUGCUGCUGAGCCUUCCGAAGCCCCUGUCAAAGGGCAAAACAAACGCAUCCGUGCAGAUCUAACUCCUGUCCCUGAAGAUGCUGUAGACGAUACGGAUAUGAAUGCAUCUAACCCGGUUUCUCAGACGAACGGAAAAGAUGGCCAGCCUCGUCGGUCAACUCGUCGAAACAAGGUCGCCCGCAUGUCUUGA